AUGCCCGAGGAACCCAAAAGGACCGGGGAACCCCAAGGAAGUGCCCGGGGAAAAACCCAAAAGGAAAUGACCGAGGCCAAGGAAGGACCGAGCCAAGGAAGUGCCCGGCCCAAAGGGAAGGGACCAGGCCCAAAAGUGACCGGGGGCCCAAAGGGAAGUGCCCGAGGCCCAAGGAAGUGCCCAGGCCCAAGGAAGGCCGAGAACCCAAAGGCCGAGGAACCCAAAGGAAGGACCGAGGAACCCAAGGAAGAAUGCCCCGAGGAACCCAAGGAAGGACCGAGGAACCAAGGAAGUGACCGGGGAAACCCCAAGGAAGUGACCGAGGAACCCAAGGAAGUGACCGAGGCCCGAAGUGACCGGGGAAAACCCCAAGGAAGUGACCGAGGCCCCAAAGGAAGGCCCCAAAGGAACCCAAGGAAGGCCCGGGGAAAGGAAGUGCCGAGGAACCCAAAGGGAAGUGCCCGAGGCCCAAAGAAGGACCGAGGCCCCAAGGAAAGUGACGGGGAAACCCCCAAGGAAGUGACCGAGGAAAACCAAGGAAGUACCGAGGCCCCAAGGGAAUGA